GCACAGUCGGAAAGUUGUCGGCUGCGGCGCCCCGCGCGCGCUCUUGUGUAACCUCGGCGCCGCCAGCCGUUAGGGGAAGUUGCCGGCCCGCCCUCCCGCCUGGUUCAAUCGCUGUCCCGGGCGGAGUUCAUGGCCCCCGGGGAACGUGCGCCUGGAGCAGGCGUGGGCGAGUCCCCGCACGCCCCGAUCCGCGGGGACCCCCCGCGUGCGAUCCCUUCCGCUUGUCCGCUUUUCCGAUGCUCGCUGCGUCCUGUGCCACUGCCGCCCUCCCACCGCCGCUUGCCCCUCGGAGCUGCUGCUUGAGUUGGGAAGGAGACCAUGACCGAGGUGCUGUGGCCGGCUGUUCCCAACGGGACGGACGCUGCCCUCUUGGGCUUGCCCUGGGAAAACAACACUGUCGCCUCCACGGCCGCUGCCGCUGCCGCCUCAUUCAAGUGUGCCCUAACCAAGACGGGCUUCCAAUUCUACUACCUGCCAGCGGUGUACAUCUUGGUGUUCAUCAUCGGCUUUCUGGGCAACAGCGUGGCCAUCUGGAUGUUCGUGUUCCAUAUGAAACCUUGGAGCGGCAUCUCCGUGUACAUGUUCAACUUGGCCCUGGCCGACUUUCUGUACGUGCUCACUCUGCCAGCCCUAAUCUUUUACUACUUCAAUAAGACCGACUGGAUCUUCGGGGACGCCAUGUGCAAGCUGCAGCGGUUCAUCUUCCAUGUGAACCUGUACGGCAGCAUCUUGUUCCUGACGUGCAUCAGCGCGCACAGGUACAGCGGCGUGGUGUACCCGCUCAAGUCCCUGGGCAGGCUCAAGAAAAAAAACGCGGUCUACAUCAGCGUGCUGGUGUGGCUCAUCGUGGUAGUGGCCAUCUCUCCCAUCCUCUUCUACUCUGGCACCGGGAUUCGGAAAAACAAAACCACCACCUGCUAUGACACCACCUCAGACGAGUACCUGCGGAGUUAUUUCAUUUACAGCAUGUGCACCACCGUAGCCAUGUUCUGUGUCCCCUUGGUGCUGAUCCUGGUCUGUUACGGAUUAAUUGUGAGAGCUUUGAUUUACAACGACCUGGACAACUCGCCUCUGAGGAGGAAAUCAAUUUACCUGGUGAUCAUUGUGCUGACGGUUUUUGCUGUCUCUUACAUCCCUUUCCAUGUGAUGAAAACAAUGAACUUGAGGGCCCGGCUGGAUUUUCAGACCCCAGAAAUGUGUGCUUUCAAUGACAGGGUUUAUGCCACUUAUCAGGUUACAAGAGGUCUGGCAAGUCUCAACAGUUGUGUGGACCCCAUUCUUUAUUUCUUGGCCGGAGAUACUUUCCGAAGGAGACUCUCCCGAGCAACCAGGAAAGCUUCCAGAAGAAGCGAGGCAAAUAUGCAAUCCAAGAGUGAAGACAUGACCCUCAAUAUUUUAUCCGAGUUCAAGCAGAAUGGAGAUACAAGCUUGUGAAGGCACAGGAAUCCCCAAACCCUUCAUUUUUGUAACAUGGUAGGAUGCUUAACCAAGCCAAGUGCUCUUCUCCUUUGAGUAUCUAGUGAGUUAAGAGAAUAUUCUAACCAAGAAAGAAAGAAUAUAUUGAGUUAACAACAACAAAUUCGUAGAAAUGCCUACAGCCAAUGUUAGCUUGUUUGGGUUUUUCCACUUUGCCUCUUACUGACCAGAAGCACGUGUAAUAAAACAAUACUACCUAGUUAGCCAUUUACUUUCUCUGCUGCCUUUAAAAUUUACAAGCUUUUUCUGUUCAAAGUGUGUGUGCCAUGAAUACUGGAGUUACAUUGCUGUUAAUAAUCUCUCCAAGGUAGCUAGCUACCUGAAACUUGAGUCUGAUUUGUGCAGCCUUUAUUGUUUUUUGAUAACCCAUCGCAAGAACAAACUGAAAACCCACAUUCUCAAAAAGUGUUUAGCAUAGUGUAACAAAGUGCUAAACUCAGAUCUCUCAGCUGAAUGUCUUUUUCAGUUUCUUAUCGGCAGAGAUGGGAGCUGGCAAUUCCUGGAAUUGAGUAGAAACCUGAAGUUAAUGAAUAUAAAAGCCUGGAAAGUGAUUAUUUUCCAGUUAUUGCUGGAGAACUGCUUACUACACAUAGUGCUAAAUGUUUGACGGGAGAAGCCUGCAUUUUUUUAUCAUACUGGUAAAAUGUUCAGCAUAAUCAAUGUGGUUGUGUUUUCCUAGUAAACACCAUGAACUCUGAUGGACUUCCUGUGAUAAAGAGCAUUUUCUUGUACCACUUGCUGUCCAAUGCCUUAGGACUCUGUUUGUGUUCCAAGACAAGUGUUCACUCACAUCUGUAAAAACAAUUCUGAGAAAUCAUAGUUAAGUUUCAGACCAAAGUUUGAGGGAAGUUGAAUACCUUAGCAAAUAGAGGGAUUUUGAGCAGAAUGACAGAAUUUCAGAGUGGAGUGGGUGUCAGCCAUCCACAGUGCUUAGUCUGCUCUCAGGUACGUGAGGCAACUGGGGGCAGGGAGAGGACCUCUAGAAAAGGGACUUCAUAUCAAAAAUCAUAGGGGAAGAGAUUCUUGUUGCUCUUCAGAGUGUUUAAAAACAUUAAAUGCAAUUUGAAAGGGAGAUGUGGGCAGAAUUUGUAUAGAUUGUGUUAAUCGAGUGAGAAGCUAUAAUCUUAAUGAAUUUUAUAUGCUAACAUUUGGGUUUUGGAAAGGGAAAAGAACGUGUAUGUAGAAAGAGAAAAUGGAAAAUUAAGUACCUAGAAAAUGGAAAAUUAAGUACCUAAAAUAUAGCACUAAAAAGCGAGCUGUAGAAAGUUCUACUCAAACAACUAAGAACUAAAGAGGACUGGGCAGGUUAUUCUCUGCCAGGCAUUCAUAAAAAAAUGUAAACUAUUUCAACAAUAAUAACAAUUUUCAAUGAAUAGUGAAUUGCCACAUUUUACAGCCCUUGGAAUCGUCAAAGUUUACAUAAUGAGAAUAAUAAGGAAACACUAAUAAUAAUCAAAUAAGUAAAUAACCACUAGCAAAUAAAACCAAUGUCCAGGGAAUUAUUAGUUAUGAAAGCCAGUCCUCACAUGGCAUCAUCAGAGAUUGCAGCUGAUGGUAGAAUAAUGGUUGGACAGCACUUUACGAAUAAAGGAUGAAGAGCUGAACAUAGAGUCAAGAAAGGCUCUUCAUGCCCCAAGGGUAUUCAGGACUCCACUGUUCAGAUGCCCAGGUGCACCUAGGGCUUGUGAGACCUUCUUAGUAGUUCAGUUUACCUAACCAAUCUCAGGCCACUGAGGCCAAUGGAGAAGAGCUGUAUUUAGCCUUCCUGUAUGGUGAUUCUUUUUAUGUGUUUAUUCGUAAUGCAUAAGAUGAUAGAAAUCAAAUCAAACAGCCAGCUCAACUCAUUUUGACAAGGUUUCAGUGCACUCAGAUGGUGAGGGUGAUGAAACAUUGUGUAUUUGGAGUCCUAAAAGACAAAAUCUAAAAUCAUUUUAUUGUGUUGACCCUUUCAAAUGUGCAUUCAGUGAGACAAGAUCAAUGUUACUAACCUGAACAAAAUGGGAAUUCCAGAGCUUGUACCGUAUUUGAACCUGAUGCACAUAUUUCUGUAACAUUUCCUCCAAUUUAAUUUAGCUUUCUUCCUUUUGGAACUAGAAUCUCCAGAUUGGUUUUGAGUAUGUGUUAAAUAUUUCAUUUCAGCUUCCAGAGAACUUUCUUCUGGAGUGUAUAUGUCGUGAGGAGGUGGACAGUGACUUAGAAAUACCCUUUUUUCUACUUAGCAUGUUUUUUAAAAAAUUGUUUCUUUCCUCCUCCUCACCCAACCCCACCCCCACCCCCAGUAUUAAGGAUUGAACCCAGAGGCCUGUAUAUGUGACACAAGUCCUUUACCACUGAGCUGCAUCCCCAGCCCUCAAAGCAUCGCUUCUUUAGCCUUGUACAUCACAGAGUAAUGUAUGCAUUCACAGGUGAAUGCAUGCCAAAUAGUAACAAGAAUGAUCUUGCCAACUUCUUCCAGGCUGAAAGAAGUCCCUGGGAAGAUCUGUGUUAAUGGUGAGAACAGAGUCAGGAGGAUGCAAUGAUCUGUUGGCUGAAAAGCUGAUUCAUGCCACAUGAUGACAUGAAUAAGUAUUGUAAUAGUAGAGACAAAUCUGUUGAUGUUUGGAUGAAAGAAUAGCUAAAAUUGUAGGACAUAGCAAAUAUCCAAAUGUCAGAGUAAAAUACUGGACUCUGAACAUGGGUUUGCAUUUACAUUGAAAUUAAAAAAAAAGAUAAACUAAGAAGAAAUACA